AUGGAGGAAAGUCGUCGGAUGAUUGAAGUAAUCAGUAAGGAGGAAAUUAAACAUGCUUUGUUCAGUAUGAGUUGGGAUAAGAGUCCAGGACCCGAUGGAUUCAAUGCAAAGUUUUUUAAGGAAAAUUGGGGUGUGAUCGGACAUGAGGUUAGCGAAGGAGUUCUUGAAUUCUUUCAGAAUAGGAGGAUGCUUAAGCAAUGGAAUGUUACGGUUUUCAAUUUGAUCACGAAGUGCCUUGGGCUUUUAAAGAUCUACGGUAGGAAAUACAUCUCUCCUCAGUGUAUCUCAACUCUUAAUUUCAUUGUAAGCGUUAACGAAGUUCAUGAUGGGUAUUUCAAGGGUGAAAACGGAGUAAGACAAGGAGAUCCCAUCUCUUCUUACCUUUUCCUUCUCAUCAUGGGGAUCUUUGAGAACAUUUUUAAAAUGCUCCGAAAGAAUCUUCCGUACAUCCACCAUCCACAAUGCAGGAAGGAAGAUAUUACACACAUUUUCUUUGCGGAUGACCUCUUUAUUAUGGCACAUGCUUUUUCUAGUGUUACAAGUUUGGUUAUUAAUGAAGGAAAAUUUUUAGCAUUCUACGGUGGUGUGAAGGAGGAAAUAAAAGUUAGUAAUUUUUAUAUUGUGGGGAUUCUAGAGGAUAGUUUACCGGUUUGUUAUUUGGGGAUACCAUUAUCGGCUAAGCAGCUACAGAUUUCACAUUGUAGGUCACUUAUCGAGAAAGUCAAGAAUUCAAUGAAUGGUUGGGCAACAAAAAGACUAUCAUACGCGGGUCGGAUUUAG